UCGUGCUCGAUUCAAACAUGAUUACGAGAACGAAGUAUCUGUUACUGAAACCACGUGAUGCUAGCCUUAUAGACAUUUUUUGUGUUCCAUUCACCCAAGACAUAGGGGUCAAAAAUUUUGUGGAGCAAUAUGAAGUGAAGCCAGCAAUUCUUGAGGGAAGAGGAAUUAUUUUCGUUUCUAUGUUCUUACAGAAGAUUCUUCAAUCCAAUGGAAGGCCAUUGUCUUUGUUAGGUUCAACAAUGGAGACGGUGCUAAACAUUUUAGGAAAUAAAAAUAACUUUGGAGAGUUCUUGUCUGGUCUAUUGCGAGGGAAGAUGAAGUUACCUGAUAAAAGAUUAUCCAAUUUUUUAUCCAUUAUUGGGCUUCUAGACAAAAGGGUGGAGCUGGACAGGAAAAUCAAACCUGGGGACAGCAAGUAUUUUGCAGCUCUCACUGCCAUGGCUUCAAAAAUAGCCUACGAGAACAAAACCUUCAUACAAAAUGUGGUUGAAAAAAUAUGGAAGAUGGAAUUAUUGGGAGCAUAUGAUUUUUUUGAUGAGAGACAUCAAAAAUAUACAACACAAGGCUUCAUGUUCCAUGAUAAAACUACUAAUCCUGAUACGAUAGUUGUGACUUUCCGAGGCACUGAACCCUUCAAUGCAAAUGACUGGAUUACAGACCUUGACAUAUCGUGGUACAAAUACAACGGCAUUAAAGGCAGAGUCCACAGUGGUUUCAUGGAAGCUCUUGGCCUGAAAUUCAAUGGAAGUCCGCUUAGACACUGUGGGGCUUAUAGUACCAUAACCAAAGAGCUAAAACGACAUUUUGCGGCUAAUCAUCGGACCAGAUUUAUUGUCGCUGGCCACAGCUUAGGUGGGGCUCUUGCAAUUCUGUUCCCUGCGGCUUUGGUACAGCUCAAGGAGGAUUCUGUACUGAAAAGACUAGAAGGUGUGUACACAUUUGGCCAGCCGAAGGUCGGAGACAGAAAAUUUGGAAGGUUUAUGGACGAGCAGUUUGAACGCUAUGGAGUCAAGUAUUACAGGUUUAUUUAUAGUAAUGACAUUGUGCCUCGGCUGCCUUAUGAUAACUCCGUGCUGAUGUAUAAGCACUUCGGGACAUGUCUCUACAUCGAUUGCUUUUACCAAAGAAAGGAUGUCAAUGAAGAAUUAUAUGAAAAGAACUAUUGUGACAUUAUGUCAAUUGUUACGAGGAGGGUGGAUGCCUUGUGGGAGCUGGCGAGAAGCUUUAUUCUUCCUCGUAUAUAUGGAUUAGAGUACAAGGAAGGUUUACUACUGAAGAUGAGUCGACUGUUUGGACCAGUAUUCCCUGCUUUACCUGCUCAUAAUCCACAAGAAUAUAUUAAUGCAACUCGAUUGGCAAACUACUAGUGAAUGUACGAUAAUGUAUAAUAAUGAGCUCUAAAAAGUUAAUUAUUUAUUA